GCGCCCCCCGCGCCGGCCGCGGCAUGAGCAUCUCCAUCCCGGCGGGGCUCACGGAGCUGCUGCAGGGCUUCACGGUGGAGGUGCUGCGCAGCCAGCCCGCCGACCUGCUCGACUUCGCCCUCCAGUACUUCGGGCGCCUCAAGGAGGAGGCGGCGGCGGCCGCCCGCGAGCGCGAGCGCGAGGCGGGCGGCCGCGCGGGCCACGAGCGCGCCCGCGGCGUCAACUUCGCGCAGGAGCCGGCGCGGAGCGACUCGGAGAGCGGCGAGGAGGAGGCGGCCGCCGCCGCCGCCUUCCCGGCUCCAACGAUAAACCGAUUCACAAGACGGGCAUCGGUGUGUGCAGAAGCUUACAAUCCUGAUGAAGAGGAGGAUGACACAGAAACAAGGAUUAUUCACCCUAAAACAGAUGAUCAAAGAAACAGACUGCAGGAGGCUUGCAAGGACAUUCUUCUUUUUAAGAACCUCGAUCCGGAACAGAUGUCUCAGGUGUUGGACGCGAUGUUUGAAAAGCAGGUUGAAGGAGGAGAGCAUGUCAUUGAUCAAGGGGACGAUGGUGACAACUUCUACGUUAUUGAUAGAGGCACAUACGAUAUUUAUGUAAAAUGUGAUGGUGUUGGGAGGUGUAUUGGGACCUAUGAUAACCGAGGCAGUUUUGGUGAGUUGGCCUUAAUGUACAACACGCCCAGAGCAGCUACAAUUAUAGCUACCUCUCCUGGUGCCAUCUGGGGAUUGGACAGAGUAACGUUCCGAAGAAUCAUUGUAAAAAACAAUGCCAAAAAGAGAAAAAUGUAUGAAAAAUUUAUUGGGUCAUUGCCAUUCCUUAAAUCUUUAGAAGUAUCUGAACGUUUGAAAGUUGUUGAUGUGAUUGGCACGAAAGUAUACAAAGAUGGAGAACAAAUCAUUGCUCAGGGUGACAUGGCUGAUUCUUUCUUCAUUGUGGAAUCUGGAGAAGUAAGGAUAAUAAUGAAAAGAAAGGGUAAACAAGACGUAGAAGAGAAUGGAGCAGUUGAAAUAGCUCGAUGCUCAAGAGGACAGUAUUUUGGAGAACUUGCUCUGGUGACCAACAAACCACGAGCUGCUUCCGCCUUUGCUCUUGGCACUGUCAAGUGUUUAGUUAUGGAUGUUCAGGCGUUUGAAAGGCUUUUGGGACCUUGUAUGGAAAUUAUGAAAAGAAACAUUGCAAACUACGAAGAGCAGCUAGUUGCGCUGUUUGGAACAAACAUGGACAUUGCUGAUCCCAGCGCGUGAUCCAUGGAGCCRCGAGAUCUGUUACGAGAAAAGAGCACAGUAGUGGUUAGUCCACUGAGAAAUUGUCUCUCUUCCUAUAGAUGCCAAGCAUUUUCUGUGAUUUUGGGAGUGGGUUUUGGGGUCUUUUUUGGACUUACUACAACGGAAAUACUAGUAAACAAGAGAGGAAUUUAAUAAACUGGGGACUUGGUUGUUAAAAGUGCUCCGCAUUGCUGGUAGUAGCACAGCACCUUUGAAAAUCAAGUCCUUUACGUGCAGCGUUCCCUUAAAGAGCAGAUUUCAAGAAACCCACAUGCGAUGAAAUUGUUAAACCAGCUUCUGUUCUUCAAAAUGGUUCAAUUUUCUGGAAAGACUGUUAGUUUGAAUGUGAUAUGUUGGAAGUAUUAGUGCACACAAAGUGUUUAUAUGUAUUAAUACAGAAGAUAUACAGUAGUUAUUACUUUCUGACUAUUACAGUUGUCAUGAUUUUAUGUUGCAUUUAUCACAGAUGUAGUGAAACACAAGAGUAAUCGUAAGAUAAAGCAUGAUAAUGCAUUUUGUGUGACGCUCAUGACCCAAAUCUGGUUUUUAACAUUUUGUAAUUUGGUUUAAAGUCCUCUUUGUUUAAUAUGUCAUGUUUCAGCACGACAUUGCAAUAUCUUAUGCAAUUUAGAGGACUUGUAUAUUUUUGCAAUAAACUGCAUUUUUUAUUAGUUACAUGUAUUCUGUACAUUCUGGAGUGAGGAUAACUGACAAAUUAACCCUGAUGCUUUAAAAAGCAAAGGUAUAGAUCAUUAUCAUGUUCUACCUAAUCAUGAAUAACCUGUAUUUUUUUUCCUUCUCCCUUGUUUUCUAUUUAUGCAUUUUUGUCUUCUCUAUCUCUGCUUGUUCUCCUGUUAUUUCUUUUUUAGAUCUCAUCUUUUGAUUUGUUAAAUCUUGCCCCAUUUGAAUCRAAUGAUCUCUGUAUAUCUCUCCUCUUAAAUCUGAUCUUAGUUAUCAAAGACCAGAUCAGUUAGGAAGUGAUCGAUAUCGAAAGCUGUACCAAACUGAGCUUGUUCUUGAAAAUCAUUAUCAGCAAGUACAGAAACAUUUUWAAUUUGAAAGACCAUUAAUUUAAAAGUUGAAUGGAAGUUUGAAAAGUAUGUUGUCCUUAAAGCUGGCAGGUCCUACCUUCAAAAAUCUGUAGGUCAUCAUAAAAUGCCUUUUUGACCACAACGGCGUGGGAAACCUUCCRAGACUGAGGAGAGAGAAUAUCACCUUAAUUAAGAGCACAGGGCUCAUUGCUCAUAAAGGUCUGUGGCUGGAAAUUUCAGGCACGGUCUACUUUUAAUACUGUUUAUCUGGUGGUGUUCAUGGAAAACUAGUGCACGUAAUGGCAAUUGAUAGUAGUUCUGCCAAAAUGACAUUAAAGAAUWUUAGGAUGGUUGCUUGUGCCCUGUUCCAAACACCUGAACGUUUUAUCUUUCCU